GGUUCUCUCUCCCUGGGAAAACCUCUUCCCCCUCCGUCUGGAGAAGUUCUGGGAGCUGGGAAGCGCGGUGCUGGGAGACUGCCGGCCCCCUCGAGGGCUGAGCUACGGGGCUCUGCUCUCGGCACCGGGAUGGGGACUGGGGGAGCUCUCGAAGCUGAACUUUCUUUUUUGGCGGUCGUUGGGGGGCGUGUGCUGGCGGCGGCACUGAGCCGCAGUCCCGGAGGAGCCGCCCUGCUGGGGGGGUGUGGGGGCGCAGCGCGGUGGACUCGGGCUGAUCCCGCGUGUGGCGUGCGCCCCGGGCCGCGCCGCCUUCGGCCUGGGAUUCGUCGGGCCGGGCAGACGCGCCCGGAGGCGGAGGCCGCGGGGGCAGGAUGUGUGAAGCUCACGCGCGCGUACACACACACACACACACACACACACACACACACACACACACUCACUCACGCACACACACACUCACGCACACACACACACACACACACUCACGCACACCCGCACCCGCGCGCAGUACACCCCGUCGCUCUGGGCGAAGCAGGCCCUUGGAGACGACCGGGUGGUCUGGAAGCGGCGCUGCGUGGCACUGCGCGGCGCGGGGGAGCCGGGGCUCCGGCAGCGCCUCCGCCCGCCGAGCUCCGAGCUUUGGUGGUGAUCGCCGCUCGGGAAUGCGGGCGUGAAGGGUCCGAGCUGCUGCCCAGCGGGGAGAGAGACCCCGGGACGCCGGAAAUCACCAUCCCGGAGCUGCGAGGAGGGAGGGGGCAAGAGACCAGUCUUCAUCCAGUUUGUGUGCCUUGGGAGGAUUUUUUCCCCCUCUCCAGAAUCAUUAUUAUGUAAAAAAGAAAGAAAGAAAGAAAGAAAAAAGAAUUAAAAAAAAAAGAAAAGAAAAAGAAAGAAAGAGACAUCACCGCGCUACUGCCCGUCUGCUUGUCACCAUCUCGGGACGCGCAGCUAGAAGAACCCGCACGCCUCUGAAGCCCGGCGGAGAGGCGGGAGCCCAGGCGUACCUGCAGCGUCCGGGCGACAGAGCCACCUUGGAAGCUGAUUGUGGCUCCGGCGGCCGCGAGGCUGCGGCUCCGCCAAACUUUGGGGCGGGCGGGGCGGACUGAGACAGCGAGGGGGCCUUGUAGAACGAGGGCCGCCCCCUAACCAUGAUGUUUCGCGACCAGGUCGGGGUGCUGGCCGGUUGGUUUAAGGGCUGGAACGAGUGCGAGCAGACUGUUGCGCUGCUGUCGCUGCUCAAGCGCGUGAGCCAGACCCAGGCCCGCUUCCUCCAGCUCUGCCUGGAGCACUCGCUGGCCGACUGCGCCGAGCUGCACGUCCUGGAAGGCGAGGCUAACAGCCCCGGAAUCAUUAACCAAUGGCAGCAGGAAUCCAAGGAUAAAGUGAUUUCCCUCCUGUUAACUCACCUGCCUUUGCUGAAGCCGGGAAACCUUGACGCAAAAGUAGAGUAUAUGAAACUGCUGCCCAAAAUCCUGGCGCACUCUAUUGAACACAACCAGCACAUCGAGGAGAGCAGGCAGCUGCUGUCCUAUGCUUUGAUCCAUCCGGCCACAUCAUUGGAAGACCGCAGUGCUUUAGCCAUGUGGCUGAAUCACUUGGAGGACCGCACGUCAACCAGCUUUGGCAGCCAGAACCGAGGCCGUUCAGACUCUCUGGAUUAUGGGCAGACACACUACUAUCACCAAAGACAGAACUCUGAUGACAAGCUCAAUGGGUGGCAGAACUCUCGGGAUUCUGGGAUUUGCAUCAAUGCCUCCAACUGGCAGGACAAAAGCCUGGGGUGUGAGAAUGGCCAUGUGCCCCUCUACUCCUCCUCAUCCGUCCCCACCACAAUCAAUACCAUUGGAACCAGCACAAGUACAAUUCUCUCAGGCCAGGCACACCACAGCCCUUUGAAACGAUCUGUGUCCCUUACCCCACCCAUGAAUGUGCCAAACCAGCCUCUAGGACAUGGAUGGAUGUCUCAUGAGGACUUACGAGCUAGAGGACCUCAGUGCCUCCCAUCCGAUCAUGCCCCCCUGUCUCCACAAAGCAGUGUAGCCUCUUCGGGAAGUGGUGGGAGUGAACACUUAGAAGAUCAGACCACUGCUCGUAACACAUUCCAAGAAGAAGGUAGUGGUAUGAAAGAUGUUCCAGCCUGGCUCAAAAGCCUCCGCCUGCACAAGUACGCUGCGCUUUUCUCACAGAUGACCUAUGAGGAGAUGAUGGCCCUCACUGAGUGCCAGCUGGAGGCUCAGAAUGUUACCAAAGGUGCAAGACACAAAAUUGUCAUCAGUAUUCAGAAGCUCAAGGAAAGACAAAACCUCCUGAAGUCUUUGGAAAGGGAUAUCAUCGAGGGGGGCAACCUGCGUGCCCCACUCCAGGAACUGCACCAGAUGAUCCUGACUCCCAUCAAGGCCUACAGCUCCCCGAGCACCACCCCUGAGGCUCGCCACCGAGAGCCCCCCACCUCGCAGCCUUCACUGAUGGGACCUGAAAGCCAGAGGCCCGACUGUAAAGAUGGUGGGGCCGGCCCGGGGGCGACGGGCUCAGCGGGAGCCAGCGGCGGGCUGCAGCCACACCAACUGAGCAGCUGUGAUGGGGAGCUGGCCAUCGCGCCCCUGCCAGAGGGCGACCUCCCAGGACAGUUUACACGUGUCAUGGGGAAAGUGUGCACGCAGCUCUUGGUCUCCAGACCUGAUGAGGAAAAUAUAAGUUCCUACUUGCAGCUCAUAGACAAGUGUCUGAUUCAUGAGGCAUUUACAGAGACCCAGAAAAAAAGAUUGUUGUCAUGGAAACAGCAGGUGCAGAAGCUCUUUCGGUCUUUCCCUCGGAAAACCCUUCUAGACAUAUCAGGAUAUCGACAGCAAAGAAAUCGCGGCUUUGGGCAGUCCAACUCGCUGCCGACGGCUGGCUCUGUGGGCGGCGGCAUGGGCAGACGGAACCCACGCCAGUACCAGAUCCCAGCCCGGAAUGUCCCUUCCGCCCGCCUGGGCCUCUUGGGCACCAGCGGGUUUGUCAGCUCCGCACAGCGCAACACGGCGGCCAACCCCACCAUCAUGAAGCAAGGCAGACAGAAUCUCUGGUUUGCCAACCCCGGGGGCAGUAACAGCAUGCCCAGCCGCACCCACAGCUCCGUGCAGAGGACCCGCUCGCUGCCUGUGCACACGUCUCCACAGAACAUGCUGAUGUUCCAGCAGCCAGAGUUCCAGCUUCCUGUGACCGAACCGGACAUCAACAACAGGCUGGAGUCGCUGUGCCUCAGCAUGACAGAGCACGCCCUGGGAGACGGGGUUGACCGGACCUCCACAAUCUAGAAGCUGAAGACGAGAGUGGCCGCGCUGGCCGUGAACCGACCGCUGCGGGCCCAGUGUCAGCCAUCUGCGCGGCCGCCCUCUCUCUCUCUCUCCGGGAUGCUCUGCAGCCUUCCCCCGGUCCCUCUCCCAUUUUGAUUUUGUGAGAGCGUAGGUCGUCCUUGUAAACAUAUCAGUAGACCUGGGAUUGGUUAUUUUUGUUCUUUGUUUCUAUCCUGGGCUAGCUUUGGGGUGGGGGCGGGGAGGGCGGACAGAGGAGAGGAACCCUCUCAGACCAGGGGACGAGGUGUGGGGUGGGGAGAAUGGAUGGAAAGUCGGGGGCAGAGAGCCCUUUGGUGAAAGAGAUGAGAGAGAUGCCCCCAGAAGAGAGAGAAAGAGAGAGAGAGAGAGAGAGUGCAGCCUUGGGAGCUCUCUGCCUUUGCUGCCAGGCCCCAGAGGAAGGCAAGGCUGCCAGCAACCAAAGCAAGACACCUCCUGAGCCUCCUCCAGCCCCGCCCCACUUCCCCAGGCCCCUGUGUGCUGUCCAGCUUUGCAAUCCAGCCUGAGAGAGGGUGGCAUGAGGGGUGGGGGGUGGGGGGGCAGCGAGAAGGGAGAAUAAUCCCUCCAGCAGAACUUCGGAUAAACUUUGCUUUGUGUAUUGUUUACAUACUAAGUUUGAGAAGGGUAUACGAUGUGUCUUGGAUUUCUGGAAGGAUUUAUGAGCAGGGGGCCUUGUGCUCUCUCCCUCUGUGUUGAAAAAGAGCCACAGGGUGGCAGGAAGGAGGCCGCUAAGCAGCUUCUCUUCUCUGGAGGAGCCCGGGGCUGCCCGCUCCACCCCAGCAGGGAGGGGUGAAGUGGAGGUGGAAGGGGGGGUGCAAGGGGGAUGUGGCAGGAACGGGCCUGAGCGCAGGCAGCAGGGACCGUGUGAUCCGUUCCAGGUUUGCUCCCAGGUUCCCCCCACCUCGAGACCCCACUCGCAUCCUGCACCCUUUGCUGUGCUGGAUUUGCUGCUCACCCAGUGGCCGAUGCCCCUCCCCAGCCACCACGGAGGCUCAGCCCCUGCUCCUGGCCUAGCUGCACACAGGUGGGUACAGGUGUCAGGGAGGAGGAGGAGGAGCGGCAAGGACUGGGACAAUGGCUUGCCCCGCAGGAGGCCUUAAAGGCCCAGACAAGGAGCCCUGCAGGCUGCUCCUCACCACCAUGGUCCCAGACUCACCACAGAGGAAGAGGAGAGUGGGGGCCGCCUCCUGCUAUGACUGGUGGGUCAGUCAGUGGCAGAGAGUGUCCAGGGCGGCAGCAGCAACAGACGACGACGACGACGAUGACGACGCCAUGCGGGAAUUCCACCUGGCGGUGGUUCUGUACAGGGCAUCCGUCAGGGAUUUUGUUGUGAUUUAUCUGACCACACGGAAGAGAGGUAAAACCACUCAGCUCAUGGUGAGAGAUUUCCUAGGCGACCCACCAAGUAAUGGCUCUGUUUCUUCUGGGCGAGAGGGACUGUUUGAGUAUUCGAUGCAAUGGAGAGUGCUGGAAGAAAUCAAAGAGGAGUUGUGCUCAGCACUGGAAAAUUGAGUUGUGUCAACAAUGGUAUGAAUGUGGGCCGAGAGGCAAGAUGUGAGGGUGGGGGUGUAAGUUCUGCUUGUUCAAUGGAUUCUGGUGCCUUUUCCUUUUUUUUUUCUCUUGGUGAAUUCAGAGUCAGUGUUGGCGACAUCAGACCAUGAAAAUCACAGCACUUGCUUAUGGUUAUUUAAGAAAGUUAGAGAAAGUAAUCCAGAUUUUAAAGGCCUCAAAUGAAAUUCACAUAACUUUGCUUUUCUUUUAAAACUUUAAAUGGACACCCAGCAUAAGGCUGUUGAAGUCCUGUUACUAACAAGGUAGGAACUUCUUAACCACAGAACUUUCAGCGAAUGAAGGAUAUUUGAACUGUGCAGAAAAAAAGAGGGACCGUGUCUUGGGUGACUAACAUUCAAAAAUGCAAAUCCAUGUGUAGAAAGGAGGCCACAAUUUUUAGUUGUUUUUUCCAACCAAGUGCCAUUAGCAUUCAUCCUCCACACCCCUUUUCUAAACAAACUCAGUAUUAACUUGGGGAACGUGUCGAGGUGACCAUCACAUGUAAGGCAGGAAGUCUAGGUGAAAGGGCUGAAGGCUACAGUAAGACCAGAGGGUUUGGGGAGGUGAUUUUUAUUGGAUGCUGGGAAAGUUGAUAAGGAGAAAUAAACAGUGGUGUUAAGCAGUUUAUGAAGAAAUGGGAGAGUGUUUAGAUCUGCAAAAUGCAUAUAUCCAUAAAGACUUGGGUUUCUCAGAAAACAGAUUGUGAACACAAUCACAUUAGCACGAAUCCUUUAAAAGGAAAACCAUAAAGUAUUUCCAAAUCUGAAUUUCUAUUUAUUCCUUCUGAAUAUAGAAACAGUGGUUAUCUGAUUAUUAUAGAUAUUAUUUUGGAUAUGUUACUUAUUAACUCGCUAUGGCUGGUAACCAUGAUAAAGUCUGUUAUUAAUAACAACAUAAUUUUUUUUAAAGGAAAAGCUUAUUUUUCAUUGACUGUAUAGAUUUAUCUACUCGGUUGUGUUUUGCUGUUAGUGUUUUAAAAUUUUUAAGUUGAGUGUGUUCUGAUAAGUUUUAGGAGCCUGUCCCCACCUUCUUUUGAGUCCUGUGUUGACUGCAGGUAUACAGCUCAAUUUUAAAAUCCUAAUGCAAAAAUAGUUUUAUUUAUAAAAGAAUCAAACAGUUGCAUGCUUAAGGCUAUGAAGUUGGAUAUUUAGAAAUAAAGCGUCAGUGCCUUUUUUGUAUCCACCCAUUGACCCCAAAAUGCAACUGUUUUAUUUUAAGUAAAUAUAGUAAACAUCGAACACCUCAGAAUAAAAUCUCUUUCACUCCAUGUCCCUCAUCCUGAUUUAAACAGUGUGUGUGGCCCUCUGCACUGUCCCAGGGACAGCCCUGUUUAAUGAUAUUACGGUGUAUGAUGUUUUAUUGGUGCUUUUUAUUCAUAGUGGUUUCUUUUAAGAAACAGUAGGAAGACAUACAUGAACUGUAUACCAGAAAUGAAACAUUGCUGCUGUUUUUUUUUGUUUGUUUUCCACGUGCUUUUUAAGUUUCACUUUUUCAGCUAGGGCUAGCAAGCAAAAUAUAGACGCUGCUGGGUUUGCCUGCAGAGGGCGCUGUUUGCACCAAGCUCUCAGAGCCUGAGCAUUGGGAAGGUCCCUUUGUGGGUACUCUAGGAGCUACAGCUGGGUCCCAUUCGUUCAAAGAGACACUGAGGAAAACGAGAUUUUUUUUUCUUUUGAGGUGUCCUGGGCUGCCUUUUUACAGAAUGGGAGCCUUCUCUGGGGCUUUUGCUCUUCUGCACCUCUUGUAGCUACUACCGGUGCACUGUUGGGAAAUGUGUGUUCCCCGGUUAGAAUUCAUCUCUCUCCAGGAGCCUGGGCCGGCUUGCUGAGCUGAGCUGAAAGCAUAGGCAUGCAACCAGAAGGACCGAGUGGGAAGGCAGUGGAGGCCCAAGUCUCAUUAGCCCCAGGGAGAUACUGCCCAGGUAUCUCCAGCCUGGGUGCUGGGAUGCAGCCUGAUCAAGGCUCUUUAUUUGUGCCUGUUACAACAGGGCCCUGGGGAAGGAGAAUUCACACAUGGGGCUAUGAUAACACUAAUGGUUUUUUUUUUCCACAUCAUCAGAGAUGUUUGCAAAGUGAGUUUUUAUUUUUAUUUUUUGUAAUUCCUUUAUCUUUACUUAAAGGUGAAUGUGUAUUCCUCUGGGAGGAAUAGGAAGAAAACAGGAAUGUUAAUAAUGUCAAACAGAAGACUUCCUCCCUUAUUAAUAUAUAACCCUCGUGUAUUUAUGCUUAAUGUAAGCUGCCUUUUAAAAAGCGUUCUUUUGUUGCAUGCCCCAUGCAGGCAUCCCUAUUGUACAUGCAUGCCUUCCGUCCUGUUUUCCUGUAUAAAGUUAGUGAACAAAGAACUAUUUUUGCCUAGUUCAUGUUGCCAAGCAAUGCAUAUUUUUUAAAUUUGUCAUAUAUGGAAAUAGCAUGUUUGUUACAUGUAAAAGCUUUACUGAUAUACAGAUAUACUAAUGUUUGAAGAUGCUGUUCUUUGCAAGUGUACAGUUUUCAAAUGUUGUUACCAGUGAAACGCCCUUGUGGUUUAAACUUGCUACAAUGUAUUUAUUACUCAUUUCCUCCCAUGUAACUAAGAAUCAUGGCUAUAUUUCAUAUCAACUAUAUUGAAAGUGAAGGGAAAUGAUUAAUACAAGGUUUUGUAACACUGG